GGCAAAAUUAUUCCCUAGCAAAUGUACAUUUAAAUGCUUGACGAUAAAUGUCACAUUACACGUACUACUGAGGUAAUUUGCCAUGCGUUCAUAUGGCGGGUCAUCUCGUGAUUACAAACACUUCUUUCGUUAAACCGCGACUAUUUUAAUAACCGACAAGCUGACGGUUCAUAGUUAGGAUAUAUAGGCUUCAGACUGAGACACUCGAACAAAAUGACGAUGUAACUACAGACUGAUGGAGGACAGGUCGAGACACAUGCGCCUGAGAGAAUGGCUCAUAGCGCAGAUAGACAGCGGCAAAUACGCUGGACUGAGCUGGGAAAACCAGGAGAAAACCAUGUUUAGAAUUCCCUGGAAACAUGCUGCCAAACAGGACUACAGACAGAACCAGGAUGCAGCGCUCUUUAAGGCAUGGGCCAUGUACAAGGGUAAAUUUCAGGAGGGCAGGGACAAAGCAGACCCCUCCACGUGGAAAACCCGUCUGCGCUGUGCCCUCAAUAAGAGCACAGACUUCCAGGAGGUUCCGGAGCGCAGUCAACUGGAUAUCUCGGAGCCGUACAAGGUCUACCGUAUCCUGGAAGACACAGGACGAGUCACAGAAACUGCUGGAAACCCAUUGAUAUUGCAGGACAAUGAUAGCAGCCGAGCGUUGAGAGGAAUGCAUCUGCCUAUUCAGCAGGACAAUCCACUUGGUGACUCAAACAGAGAGAUACCUCUAAAUGGCAGGUCAUAUGUUUAUCCCAGUACAGGCGCUGAAGUCUGUGGUAGCGCCAUUCCUCAAUCUGUUCCUCUAUAUUCCUCUCGGAGCCCCUUAACUGACUGCCGUCUGGAGGUGUGCUUGUUCUAUCAUGGUAACUUGGUGCAGAGUGUGGUAACUGCAUCUCAAGAUGGAUGCUUCAUCCUGCAGGGCUGUUCUCCAGUAGGAAAUGAGCGCAUUUAUGGGCCUUGUGAAGCUAGGAAGGUCUUCUUUCCUCGUCCAGACAUUGUACCAUUGCCCCCGGGCAUCAGUGAUGCCAUGAGCCGCCUGCUUCCCCACCUGGAGAAGGGUGUACUGGUGUGGGUCGCUCCAGAUGGCAUCUUCAUUAAACGAUUCUGCCAGGGCCGUGUGUAUUGGGACGGUCCGUUGGCCGAGCACAGAGAGAAACCCAAUAAACUGGAGCGAGAGAGGACCUGCAAACUCCUGGAUAUGACGAUUUUCUUAGAAGAUUUGCAAAAGUAUCAGCAGGGCACAGGACCAGAGCCACAAUACAUUGUGGAUCUGUGCUUUGGAGAAGAGUUCCCUGACCCCAGCCAACCAAAGACCAAGAAGCUCAUAACAGCACAAGUGAUUCCUCUGUUUGCUGUAGAGUGUCUGCGCAGGCCUUAUCCAUCUGAUAAUAUGGAGAUGAAGCAUUCACCCCCCCACAGGAGCAGUGCGCAAACUGAUGCAUAAACAUGCAGUAAUUACAACAGUGAUUAUCAUCCUUGUGUGUAGAUUCACUAAAUAAAAAAUCUAACUUAACUAGA